AUGGGGGGUCUAAUUGAUUAUGAGGAUGAGGACCACCGAGUGUUCCCUGGAUCAUGGCGUCAAAAUAAUAGUGGAUUACAGAAUCUACCAGCAACUAACCACAGACAUUCUAAUAUGGAGGCACAACAAAUACGGAAUAAAUAUCUUGAUAAUGAUUCUGACGUUUUAUAUUACGUCACAGUAGACGAAUUGUUUGAAGUAAUUCACACCGCACAUUUAACAGUAGGGCAUGGUGGUAGAAAUAGGACGAUGGCUGUGUUAAAAACAAAAUAUUGUAAUGUGACAACGGAGGCAGUUAUGGGAUAUUUAGGUUUAUGUAGUAAUUGUCAAGUAAAACAAUCAAAUCCCAAAAGAGGGCUUGUGACAAAACCAAUUCUACAUUCCGCAUUUAAUUCAAGAGCGCAAAUUGAUUUGAUUGACAUGCAAUCUCAAAAUUAUAAUAAUUAUCGCUAUAUAAUGAAUUAUCAAGAUCAUUUAAAGAAAUUUGUUAUUUUAAAACCUCUGAAGACAAAAAGGGCCGAAGAAAUCGCUUUAAAUCUGAUAGAUAUUUAUACAAUAUUUGGUGCACCCGCUAUACUCCACUCGGAUAAUGGUCGUGAGUUUGUUAAUUAUAUUAUAACAAAUUUAAAUGAAAUGUGGGGAGACAUCAAAAUUGUUCAUGGCAAGCCUCGUCAUAGCCAGACCCAAGGAUCAAUUGAACGAGGCGAUGUUUGGUUGUACAGCGAGAACAGAGUUACUUUCAGCAGGGAUACCUUACGAUGAAAUAGAAAAACUUCAGUCAGAAGAGGAUAUUGAAGAACUAAUUAAUAACAGCAACCAUUCAGAUCAUAUUAAUGCAGUAGAAGAUGAUUUAGUCAGAGUUGGAGACCUUGAAAAUGAAGUAAACUUGGAGACUGAAAAUGAAUUAAGAAAUACUAAAGACAUAGGUAAUUAUUAAAUAUAUAUUAUAUGUAAUUUGGUAAAAAUGCUUGCACAAAAAAAAAAAUAAAAUAAAAUAAAAUAGCAAUAGUC